UCUGUUUACAUAUUGCUUGUUUUUGUAGGUUUUGUUUUGGUUGCCAUGACCGUGGCGGGACGCUGUUGCUGACUUCAUUGGCUUCGCUCGCUGCACCGCUCGCUGGUCCGCUGGAGGAAGCGCGUAACAAUGGCCUUUAAAUGACCCAGCGCGGAACGUCCCGAGUCGGCUGAGAUGCAAGCGUUAGGCCUGUACUGAGAGCACGGCGGAGGCAGGAUAGCCAGACCGAACGUGCUACUACGACGCUUCAACCACUCAUCUCGCUGCUCAAGGGAGGAGGGGGGCAGCCAUCUGACCAUCAACGAUGCCGAGCACCGAUCUGCGCCACUCCCCAUGUCCAUCUGAGGGAGAAAUCGGCUUCGCGACGCUGCCGGAGCAAGUGCACAGGAAGUCCGUCAAGAGGGGAUUUGAUUUCACCCUGAUGGUCGUAGGCGAAUCCGGCCUGGGAAAGUCGACGCUCAUAAACAGCCUGUUUCUCACGGACUUGUACGAAGAACGCAAGAUCCCCAGUGCCGAAGUUGAACCAAUCCACACCUCCGGGGCAGCUCACCUCUCCACUGAAAAGAUUGACAGAACAGUCCAGAUCGAGCGAAAAACUAUGGAGAUAGAGGAGAAGGGGGUCCGGCUGCGGCUGACCGUGGUGGACACGCCGGGAUUUGGCGAUGCUGUAAACUGUGAGGAGAGUUGGAAGUCCAUUGAUCGGUACAUCGACGAACAGUUCAACCAGUUCUUCAAGGAUGAGAGUGGUCUCAAUCGCAAGAACAUUGUGGACAACAGGGUUCACUGCUGUUUGUACUUCAUUCCACCGUGGGGACAUGGGUUGAGGCAGCUGGACAUUGAGUUCAUGAAAAGGCUUCACCAGAAGGUCAACAUCGUGCCCGUCAUCGCCAAGGCUGACACACUGACCCCCAUCGAAGUUCGACAGAUGAAGGACCGAGUCCUACGAGAACUUGAGGAGCAUCAAGUGACUGUCUACCAGUUGCCAGAGUGUGACAGCGACGAGGACGACGAUAUCAAGCUGCAAGACAGAGAACUGAAGGAGAGCAUCCCGUUUGCGGUAAUCUCGAGCACCCAGGUGGUGGACAUCAACGGUCGGCGAGUCCGCGGUCGACUCUACCCUUGGGGAAUCGUCGAAGUGGAGAACCCGAAGCAUAGCGACUUCCUCAAGUUGCGGACUUUCCUUAUUAGAAUAAUCCUUGGUCUCUUCAGCACGCACAUGCAAGACCUGAAGGAAGUGACCCGCGAUGUACACUACGAGAACUAUCGUGCCCAGUACAUCCAGAAGAUUUCUCAACAAGCGGCCCGCGAAAGGGGGAAGCAAGGCAGAGAUUCGGUGACAACCACAUACGACGGAAUAUCAGAAGCUGACCGCCUGCUCCAGAUGAAAGAUGAAGAGAUCCGGCGCAUGCAGGAGAUGCUGUCGCAGAUGCAGGAGAAGCUCCGCCAGACGAGCAGGGACACCACGCCCGAAGCGUCGACUCCGGACUUGGAUGCCCGGAGGGAUGGCGACAGUGUCGUGAACCUCUGAGGGGCAAGCAAAUGCAUUGCAGGAAGGAUGCCGCUGACUCGCCAACGUCUCCCCUUUUCCAGCUGUAACACGCGCACCACCUGGUGCUGCGCAGUGCAGGUUGUGCGAUUGGGAGGUCCAGUCACUUGGAUUCAUGAGAAGAACACACACCUCUCCUUUCCCACGGCAUCUAAGCGUUGCUCUCACAGUGUCCUUUGCAGUACCAGCAUUUUCCUGCAGGGCUAUGCUUUUUGCCGGUUCGGGAACACUCGGACGUUUUUUAGUCUCGUGCCACACUUGGUUUGGUCAGUCACACGCACCUAAAAAGACCAGAGGUGCUCGUUUAUAUUGUUGACCCUUGGGCAUUGUUCUAAAAUCACGGGGCCUUCAUUCUUGCAGCUUUAUUUUCGGCGGACAACUUUCAAGGAUUGAGCAACCAGUCAAAUUCGAUUAUGCGAGCAAGUCCAGAAAGUUGGAGACCACGAAAAUUGUGUGGCUACUAUAUCACCCAGUGCACAUUCGCUGGCUGAGCGCUUACAUCAAGGAGAUUCCUAUUGUACUGGUGAGGUGCUACGCUGGGCAUUUGUAGCAGGAAAUUGAAUGUACCACUUAAAAUAAUAGAAAACACACCCACCCUGCAUGUUCACCUACAGUCAAGUUUUGUCUGUUCGGUGAAUUCAGUGCACUUGUAUGGAUCUGGAACACUUGUUUAUAAGUUGUCCCACAUCAAGGCUUUCUUCGACACCCUUGAAUGGUAGUAUGCCUUAAUCUGUCAAAUUAUGGAGAGAUAUGGGCUUACAGUAAGCAUUUCAUAAGCGUAGAUUUUUUGAAGGUCAUGGUGUUUUGUUGUUUUAUCUCUAGGCAUCAUGCGCACGUCCUUUGCAGUUUACAACUUAGCUCCUUUUCUUGUUUUGCUAUCUUGAGUCACAUCCGACAGCUCUUGAAAGAGCGCUUAGUUUUAUGUAAUGUGUUUCGAAAGUGGGUAGACCACCUGCAAGGAUGGCUACUCGGUGCAAAGCAUCUCACGAGAAAAGUUCUGCGUGGCUUUAAUGACGAUCAAGCUUUUAAAAUGGUUGGAAGAUAUAUUGAUAGCAAAAUUAGCGUCUUCAGCACUUGAGUACUUGUUGUAAUUUAAUCAUAGUGCUAGGCACUGAACAUUUUUUGCUUGUCAUGCAUGUGAGGGUGACUUCAUUUUUUUUUCUCCUGUCACCUUGCAAGUGCGUUCAAGUAGAAAUAUUACUAUUUGUUCUAUUAUUUUGUACUUGAAUAACGCUCACCCUCACAGACACUGUGAGAGCAACACAUGGGAGAGAAGCUUCCUAGCUUUACUUGGAGAUUAUACUAGAGGGUCACCCCCAGCUAUAUAUAUAUAUAUAUAUAUAUAUACACACACAUAAUAUAUGUAUACACCCACAGAAAUGUAUUAAUUCACAGAUACAUGCCCAGCCUAAUUGCACAUGUGCAUAUUCCUGCUUAUCCAUUGUCAAUGUUUUAUUUUUUUUUCCUGAAAGUACCAGUGAUAUCAUUGUCAUCUUCCUCCAAAAUAAUGAGCUUUAAUUUUUGGCAGCUGCUUCUAAAGGUCUUUUUGUGCGGAUUACGUAUAGAAUUACUCGAAGAGGAUCGGGGGCCACAUUUUGCAGCAUUCCAUUUCAUUUUCUACUCUUCUUGCUCUUUCUCAUUGCCUCUGAUGCCAUCAUUAUGGCCACGAUCAGCCAUUUGGCACAACGAAUUAUAAGAAAAGAAAAAGGAAUGGUAAACGGAAUGCAUCGUUAGAAAGUACAGGGCCCUGGCUUCGAAUUAUGUUGCUGCAAGAGUUGCAGGCAAAUGGUCUGUUAUGUGUCUACUUCUAUGCGAGGACAAAGGCGUAAUUAAAGGCCAGUCUGUUUUGCUUCGUCACAAUACUCGCGAGAGAACGCACGCGUUAAGAUGGGAAUGUGAUAACCAAAGGUUGACGUCUGCUUUUUUUGCACACUCGUACUAAACCAAAGAAGUGCAUUAUGUGCUGUCUUCUCUCUCAGUCCCGAGAAUGCACAUUUGUUGUUCUCAGCAAGCUUUGAUUGCAGCUGGUAAUAUAUAUGCUUAGUUACAGUCCAGCUAGUCAUCAGACUGGGCAGUCUUUUUUUUUUUUUAUGUCGUCACUUCCAAAGAAACAGCAGCAAUGAAAUGCCGCUUAUUGUUUAGCUGGUGCUUAAUUUAUUUACACCUAUUUAUGAUAUCUAUAUUUAUAUACAAACACCUGUGCGUGGGUGAACAUUCCAGAAUUGUGGACCCUAUUUAUUUGGCCACCACUUCCUAUCGCCCGUAACUGCACUGUCAUGUUGUGAAAGUGCGAAAUCUUGUAUUCCAGUGAAAUUGCAUUUUUUGUUUCGUUCUGUUUUCUCAAAAUUUUUUACCUCUCUCAGGGUUUUUGUCAAUGAUCUGUGUUCAAUCAUGAAUGUGUUAUGUGUCACUCUGUCUAAACAAAUAAAAAAGAGGGGGAGGGAGAGAUUCAUUGCAAGUCACAAUAAACACUGAAUGACUACGGAA